UUUCCAUGGGGCACCAGUGAGUGGUAAGAGGGACUGGGAGUCUCUACGGCCAGAGGGAGGGGUCCAGUACCAUCAUCCGGGACCUGUCCCUCGCGAUGGCACCGCCUUCCUUUGCGCUGCCCGUCUGCUCAUUGGUCAAAAUUUUCCUUUCCUGGCUCCGCCUAUGAACGCUCGCGGGCCCAAUCAGGUGUCAGGUGUGACGGCGCAUGUGUGUAGGACAACUUUUAGAGGGUGCCGCAGUUUGGGCAAUAGGGAAUGUGCCCUGCUGUUUUUUUGUUUUUGUUUGUUUUGGGGGUUUUUUUGGGGGGGGGCGUUAAAGAGAGAAAUAGAAAAUAUCUGCGAGGAGAAAUGACACCACUCCGGAAACUAAAGUUUUACAGCAAUCACUGAAACCUUGAGUCCGGAAAUUCUCUUGGAAAGUUUCUUUGGGGAACUGAUACAAUCAAUGAAAAUAAUUUGUCAAGUAAAUGACUUAGUUGUGACAUCUCUCCCGUAGUUGUCCGUGCAUGAGUCGCUGCGUCCUGUGUUCCAAUUCAUCCUCCAGACCCUUAACUCAUAUGGAACCCUUUCCCAUUUUCUCUCACUCCGUGGAUAAUUUUAAGCAAAAUGAUGCAGGGGUUAAGGUGUUGGUGACUCCCCAGAUUAUAGCUCCAGCAGAAUCUGUGGUAGACCCUAUAAUUGUAUUUGUACCUUCUGGACAUCUCUCCCUAACAUUUGCCUUCAUAGGCACUUUAUUGAUGUGUUGGAAACCAACUUAAGAUUUCCACAGUCAUCCUCAUCUAAAUAAAUGACAAAUCCAUCCUUCUAGUAGCUUAACCAUUGAGGUCAUUCUUAUCCACUCCAUGUCGUUCAUCAGUAAAUCGUGUUGGCUCUAUAUUCUGUGUCCAGAGCCUGAACAUUACACUGCCUUUACCACUGCUAUCCCAAUCCACCAUCACUGCCACCAGGUCACUGCAGUCCUCCUCUGCCCUCCCUGAUUUCUCUGAUGUUGUUCUCUAGAGUAGCACGCAUAGAUUUUUCACACACUACCCCGUAUUUCCUCACCAACCUCCUCUUCUUUCCUCUGUCCGAGCUUACUCUGCUCCAGCCACCUGACCCUGCGCCCUCCUCCUCCCAGCCUUUGAACGUGCUCUUCCCUUUGCCAGAAAAGCUCUGCCUAGAAACUUACAGAUGCCCGAAAAUGACUGCAAUAGAGCAGGCAGAGGCCCAACUCUCGGAGUUAGACCUGCUGGCCAGUAUGUUCCCUGGUGAAAGUGAGCUCAUAGUCAAUGACCAGCUGGCUUUAGCAGAACUGAAAGACUGUGUUGAGAAGAGGACAAUGGAAGGGCGAUCUUCAAAAGUUUACUUUACUAUUAAUAUGAACCUGCACAUAUCUGAGGAAGUAAUGGUGAUGUUUUCUCUGGCCUGCAUUCUUCCCUUUAAAUAUCCUGAAGCCCUGCCUGAAAUUACCGUCAGAUCACCAUUAUUAAGUAGGUUGCAGCAAUCUCAGCUGAACCUAGAUCUGACUGCUUACUUGAAGAAGAAUUGUCUUGGAGAUGUCUGUGUACUGAAUGCCACAGAGUGGGUUCGAGAACAUGCCUCUGGUUAUGUCAGCAAAGAUGCCCUCUCUUCCCCCACCACAGAAAGUACAGUCCAGCCAGCCGAUCUCAUUCUUACGAGGCUCUGGAUCUACAGCCAUCACAUCUACAGUAAAUGGAAGAGAAAGAAUAUUUUAGAGUGGACAAAAGAGCUUUCCCUGUCUGGGUUCAGCAUGCCUGGGAAACCUGGUGUUGUUUGUGUGGAAGGCCCACAAAGUGCCUGUGAAGAGUUCUGGUCAAGACUCCGAAAAUUAAACUGGAAGAGAAUUCUAGUUCGUCAUCGAGAAGACAUUCCUUUUGAUGGUACAGAUGAUGAAAUGAAAAGACAAAGAAAAUUUUCCACUUUUGAGGAAAAAGUGUUCAGUGUUAAUGGAGCCAAAGGAAAUCACAUGGACUUUGGUCAGCUGUAUCAGUUCUUAAAUGCCAAAGGAUGUGGGGAUGUUUUCCAGAUCUUCUUUGGUGUGGAGGGACAGUGACUGAGGAAGAGUGGCUGAAAGUAUUUCGUAGCUGUUGGCCUCUUGAUUAUUUUCCCCCACUCUCUCGAAAGAUUAGUUUUAAUCCCGUUCUAGAAUGGUAGGAGGAAAAAAUAAAACGUGAAAAUAGGAUAGUUUCAAUGAAACUGUAAAAAAUAAGUCAUGAUUGAAAUCAGAACUGAGUUUCAAAGUAUAGUCUUUAGUUUAUCAAUAGAAAUUUCUUGACAUAUAAGCUACCCAUUUUGAAAGACAAAUUAAUUACAUAUGUUGGUGGCCCACCUUGCCAGCUGCUUUCCAUACCCUUCAUCUUAAUCUGCCUUCACUAAAGAACCCUGAAGGCUGUCUGCUCACCCUUCCAGCCUCUGUUGCAGCCACUGGUGCCCUGAAAACACAACUGACAGAUUUCUGGGAAAACAUUUUUUCCGAGAUGAAAAUGAUACAUGCACCUAAGUCAUCUUUCUCCCUCUUCCUGCCACAAAUACUAAAGUGAAGGCUGGGACUGGAACAGUCCUUUCAGCCACAAUGGGAGGAUGGACCCGGAGCUUCACAGAGAUGUCACACUCCAUGUUGCUGGGCUGCUGACACAACAUCAGCCCUUGGCAAUUUCUAGACUUCUUACUAUAAAAUAAAACCAGCUUUGUUUAAAUUUCCGUACUCAUCACUAGUGGUUGAAAGCUAGUUUAUCAAACAGAGUUUUUCAAAGGUUUAGUUUCGUAUCUAUGUUAGCCAUUUGGUACACAAAUCAUGAAGUUUUUCUUAAAUAGAUUUGCAGCUCAUUUCUCAUUUUCUCGCUCACCAGUUCAUCACAUUUGGUAAUUUAGAGAAUCUGCUUUUGGCAAAUUGGAUUUUGAUAAACUUUUCACUCUGGAAA